CUCAGGCUCAUAGGCUUCAUGUGAUUCCGCAGGGAGGUGUUGGGUUAUAAAAGACCAGUUCAACCUCCAGCUUGUGUUUGAGAGCUAAACGUCCUCUCGCGGAUCUGUAGCGGAUUGCCUUUCCCCCCCCCGGUGCGCAUUUGGGAUCUUUCCAUCACUUGUGACGCGCUGCAGCUCCGGUAAUGGGAGACGCUCAGUCUGCGCCACGGGAGGGCGAGGAGGAUGCAGCGGAUGGGGAGGAGAGCGGGAAGGUGGAUGAUGCUCAGACUCAGCGGAAUAUCGAAGACAAGCCUCUCAAAAACAAAGGGCAGAUUUCUGAGAUCAAUGGAAAAGACGACAGCUCUAAAGCAGAAGUCAAUGGCCACUGUGAGAAUGAGGUCGCUGCAAAAGCUGUCCUCUCACCCGACGAAGAUGUCUCACAAACAGAAACACCACUUAAAGAAGAAACACUAUUAGAAAAUGCUGAAAUAAAUGAAAAGGAAUCGCCCAAUGAAGCUGAUGUUAAUGAAGAUAUACCCCUGGAAAUUACUGAAAUGAAUGCAAAGCAGAAUGACAUUAAUGAAAGUUUUAGGAGAUUUUUCAGUAACAUUGGUUUGAAAUUGACAGUAAAAAGGGGCUCAGGUGAAAUCCCAAAAGAUGUACCCAAUGAUACCAACAAAGAAGAACCAAACAGACCAGACAGGGUUGAGGAUACCACAAAAGAACAGAAUACUGAUGUGAACAUGGCCAAGGAGUCAUGUGAUAAUGAUUCAACAACAUGUCCAACUCUGACAGAUGUCACAUCGGAGGAAGUUCUUGAAAAUGCGGAGGAGAAAGAGGUUGAAACCAAGGUAGAGGUUGAAUCUGACAAUGGCAAUGCAGCAAUGACUUCACCUCCAGGAGGAGAUGUAAACCGACAUACCACAACUGAACAAAAGCCCCGUUCCACUUCUCUAUCUACUCCCAAAGAAGAAGUUGUUGUCUUAUCUCCUGUUAAAAGAUUUUUUACAUCAGGACUUUUUUCUGGACUACGGAAGAAAAAGAAGCCUGCAGAAGAUGAGACAAUGGACAAAGAAAUGAACGAUUCAGGCAAAAAGGAGGUCGUACAGAACAUAGACGGAACAGUACAAGACCAACAAGAGGAUAAAGAGGAUAUCGGUCUCGGUGUUGAUGCAGCUGCCGUUGAGACGGACGAUGAGGAACAUGAACUAAAAGGGGAGAUCCUGUUGACAGCUCAGCCGUUGGACGCAUCCACGGAUUCAUCCAGCAUUUUUGUCAUUGCGCCUGAGCUUUUGAGUUCUCAAGAAAAGGACAAAGUCCAAGCCAGUCCUAUGAAAAGGCUGCUGUUGGGGUCAAAUUUGAAGAAACUAUCCAAAAAGCAAAGAAGCAGGAGAUCCAGUGAUGCAAAAGUGUCCAACUCUGAAGAACACGAGACAGAUCACCUCCUAUCAUCUACUGAGAAGGCCGAGAAUCAGAAGGAAGAAGUUUGUGUGCAACCCUCUAGAGAGACAGCCGGAGAGGAGGAAGGUGCAUGGGCUUCCUUUAAAAAGCUUGUGACUCCAAAAAAACGCCUAAGGAAAUGUUCCCUCAGUAGCGAAGGUACACAAAUCCCCGAUUCAGCAGAGGAACAAAAACCAAGCGAAGGAGGACAAGUGUCAGACCACAGCACAGAAGAAGGCAAAAAACGAAAAGACUCAUCUGUUUCAUGGGAAUCUGUCCUUUGUGGAUCCGCAAGGAUAAGAAGCCGAAAAACGUCAGAUUCUGAAGAUGAAACACCUCAAAUUGAAAUUGAAUUGAAUUUAAACAAGCCAGACGGUGGAUCUAAAUUAGACGUAAAAAAUGAGGUUGAUGAAAUGUUUGCACAUUCCUCCAAACAAGCAGGAGGUCCUUCAGAGGGCAACGGAGCGUCAACGUGGCAAUCACUUAAAAGACUUGUGACCCCUAAAAGGAAAGCCAAGGGUGAAGAUGAAAGCAAAGACGAUGUACAAUCGGAUAGUGACGUUACUCAAGAUGAGGCCUCAUUGUCAAGAAAGAAACUGCUACCAAGACGAAAAAAAAGGAAGUCCGCUAAAAAGCAGGACCAGGUAUCUUCAGAUGAGACUGAUAAGGAAGCAGCUUCAGGUGAAGAAGACUCCGACACACCAGCCGUGGUUCCAUUGUCUGAGUUCGAUACAGAUGAGACAGAGGUUUGUAUACAACCACAUGCAGACGUAGAAAGUCUUCUCCCCAACGAAGCAGACUCUGAAAUCCAGCAGGACCCUCUUGAUCCGAAGGCUGAACCGGUCCUAACUUGUGACAAUCUGAUAAGUGAAACAAAGAAGGCCCAAGGAAAUAACGGCGCUUCAGAGAAUCAGGCGACUACAACCCGUGCUGGGGACGAAGAACCUGAUGAUCUCACCGAAUCAAUCAGUAAACAGCAACUCAGUGACAUCCCGGAGGAGGCCACCCCAGCUUCGGUCACAGAGGAGGCGGCUAGAGAUGAUACGAUAGCGGACGACCUGAUAGAGAUCACAUCUGAAGCCAUUACUGCUGCAGAACAUUUAGAUAUUACUCUGGCAGAUGAAACUGAAAUGAUCUCUGCAGUUUCCCAGUUAUCUUCAGAGUCUUCCAAAACGUCCGGCAACACAACACCGGUCCCAGCACAAUAUGUGGUUGAGGAAACAGAUGUGCUUCUGUACCAGGUUGUCGAAACCAUCUCCGGAAGUCCAGAGGCAUUUCCGGUUUGUUCAUAUGAAUUAAGAUCUGAAGGAACAGCCUUUUCUGUCUCACAUCAAAUACUGGAAACAUUUGUAAAGGAAGAACCUACAAUUCUGGAAUUACACAGAAGUUUAGAGGCUACUGAAAUUGACACAGACCUAAAGCUUGUGGAGCUGGACACAACAAUUGAAGGUGUAAACACCACUCAAAUGGAGAGCAUAUUUGAAGUCAAUGACUCUGUUAGUACAGAGGUUGUAUCAGAAGUUCCUACUGAGGAGUUUAACACUGCUGAAAUGACUGAAGAUGAAGUAAAAGAGGUUGACGUUGCUCAUCCAGAAUACGUCAUAACAGAAUUAGAAGAUGUUGAAGAGAAUAUAAAUGAAUUAGCUGAAGUGGACGAAACUGCCCCGGAUAAAGGUUCUCUUGUUGAGGCAUGUCAAAUUGAAACAGAGCCCCCGAAACUAGACUCUCAAGAAGCAGACUUUGCUGCAAAAGUGGCAGAUGAAACUAUAGAUGGGGCUACGGAGCAGGAGGUCCGAUCUGAGGACCUCCAACAACCCGUAGAGGUGGAAUAUUUGCCAGAAUUAGCAAAUGAACAAACUCUCAAAUUAAUAAAUCAGUGUGUUCCAUCACUUGAAAAGGACAUAACAUCAGAGGUCAUUCCAGCAGGCGAAACCAUUACAAAUGAACUCAAAGAUGAAUUAGAAACAUAUGCUCUCCAACCUGAACAUGUUCAUGUACCAGAAGAACCAGAAGCUGAGAAAGCAUCCACAUCAGACCCCGAGGAAGGCAGCCUUCAAUCCCCAACAGAGGACGUCAAAUCAGAAGACACUCUGCCAGCAGAAACAGUUACAGAUGAACCCAACCUGGAAGAUGAGCAUCUCACAGGAGUCAGUGUUGACCCAGAAAACCAAGAAGUGGAUCCUAUGAAAACUGUUCAAUCCCUUCAAGGAGAAGUAAUAUCAGAUACUGUUCCAGGAGGAGAAACAGAUGAUCCCCAAAAGGAAACAUUGCUUCUCACUGAAACCAAUCCUGAGCCAGUGGACGCUUCCGCAACUGGACAAGAUCAAGAAGUGUUAAAUGCUGUUCAUGCAACAGAAAUAGCUUCAAAGGAGGGCAGUGUGCAAUCAUUUGAAAAAGAGCUGAUAUCAGUUCCAGAUGGAGAAACAAGUACAGGUGAACCCAAACAUUCAGCAGAGGUUCUCACUGAUGGCAGUGUUGAGCCAGAAAACCAAGAACUACGUGUGAUUAGUAUGAAAAAAGGUCGAGCACCGAAACCAGAUUCAGAAGAUGAGAGCAUUGGUUCACUUGAGGAAGAGUUUCUACCAGUGAACGUUCCAGAGGGAGAAACCGAUGAGCCCACGGAGGAAACAACACGCCUACCCGAAGCCAAUCGUGAUCCAGUGGACGCUUCCAAAACUGAACAUGUUCAAGAAUCAGAAGUACUUGAGGCUGAUCCACAAACAAGAUUAGAUUCAGAGGAAGUCAGAGUUUCAUCAGAAAGAGAGGAAACCAAAUCAGAAGACGUUCCCCUGGAAGAAUCGGUUACAGAUGAACCCAAACAGUCAGCAGAGGUUCUCCCUGAAGUCAGUGUCGAGCCAGAAAAUGAAGAACUUCAGGCGAAUGAUAUGAAAAUGAUUCAAGUAACAGAAACACCAGAAGUCAUUCAAACACCAAUAUUAGAUUCAGAAGGUGAUGUUCAAACAUUUGAAAAAGAGGUGAUAUCAGAAAUUCUAGAUAAAAAAGCAGAUGAACCCAAAGAGGGAACAAUAUGUCUAUCUGAAGACGUCGUUGUGCCAGUGGAUGCUUAUCAAACUGAACACGUUAAACCCAAAGCUCUUCCAGCACCAACCUUAGAUUCAGAGGAAGGCAGCAUGCCAUCACCAGAUGAAGACGUCAAAUCAGAAGACAUUCCAACAGCAGAGACAGUUUCAGAUAAACCUGAAGAGUCAGCAGAGAUCCUCCCUGAAGUCAGUGUUGAGCCAGAAAACAAAGAACUAGUGAAGGUUAUGGAAACUAUUCAUGCAACAGAAGAAUUCGAUGCUGUUCAAGCACCUACAUUAGAUUCAGAGGUGGGCAUUGCCCAAUCACUAUCACUAAACCUUCCACAAGAGGAACCCGUUCCAAAUGAACCCAAUGAGAUAGAAAAGCCUCUCACUGAGGUCUGUGUCGAGCCAGUGGACGCUUCCGAAUCUCAACAACCUCAAGAACCAGAAGUAAUUCAGUCUGUACAAGCAGCCGCAGCAGAUCCAGAGGAAUGCAGCGCUCAAUCACUUGAAAAGAAGCUUAUAGCAGACGACGUUACAGAAGGAGAAACAGUUACUGAGGAACCCAAACAAGAAGCUUUUUCUCUCACUGAGGCCAAUCUUGAGCGAAUGGAUCCUUCCACAACUGGACAAGAAACACAAGUACUUCAAGCUGAACCAGCAGCCCCACUAGAUUCAGAGGGGGCUGUGCUUCUUUCACAUGGAAAGGAAGUAAUAUCUGGGGAUAUUCCAGUAGUGGAAUCAAUUACAGAUGGGCCCGAACAGGAAAAUGAAGUUGAGCCAGAAAAAAUACCAAUAGAAGCUCCCAAAACCGAACAUGCUCAAGAACCAGAAGCAUUGGCGUCUGACGUAAUGGAUCGUCUAACUGAAACAAAAAUGGCUGCAGGGACAUCGACGUCUAUGCAGGUAGUCACAGAAAGUGUUGAGGGAGGAACGACUCUGUUAGAUGACGUCCCUAAACCCGACAUUGGUCGUGUCGUUGCUUCAGUUACAGAUGAAGGUGUUGCACCACCGGAACCCUCUUUAGAGAAAACAGAGAGCACUGCACGGGAUACCGGGAUGCUGCAGGAAGAUCACAUGCCUAUAGUUAUAGACGAGUUACUAACAUCAACGGCAGCUUGUGCAUCCGAAAAGACUGUAUUGACCGAAGACACUCCAGCAUCAGGUGCAGACAAUGCUGCAGUUACAAAUGAAACCAAACACGCAGAGCAUCCGAGCGCAGCGCGAGCCGCUGAUGAAGGACCAAAAGAAAGUGAGCGUUCAGACACCGAGGUAAAGACCUCCCCCGUUGAGCACGCUGCGGUGGCGCCAGUAGUUGUGUGUAACGUGAAAGAUGUCUCGGUUGCAAUACCCGAUAUUUCGAUAGAGCAAACAUCCCCCGUCACUGAACCCCUGAGGGAAAUAGUCACACGGGAGCUAAUGUCCAAAGAGCACGUCGAAACCUCCGCGCCGAUGGUGCCGGACGAGGAGGCCGUGGCGGCCGAGGAGAGCAGCGCGGUUGUGACGAUGCAUGUGCCAUCGGUGGAGUUAGAGGACAACCACAGAAUUCAAGUACAGGUCGUCGGCCAUGAUAUGAAAUCAGCCGAGUCGAGGGUGGACGCGGUGCUGGAGGUUGGGAUAACUCAAGUCAAAGAAGUCAUCGACGCUUGUCACGGCGACGCUGAAGAAGUGAGCGAUCACUACGCGACUCCACAGAUUGAAGAGGAAUUCAUUCAUGAGCACGACAAGGCGACCAUUGAAGGAGUCAUUCUGCACGCAAAGGAAAACCUUCCAGAGAAAGAAGCCGGGACACCGGUUGUCAACGUGGAACAAGAAGGCGUCGAACAGCCGGAUGCUGUGACGGAAGAGAGCGAGGCGGGGGAAAGUGAAUCAGCAUUUUCCCCGGAAAGACAAGAGUCCACGGUGAUCAGGGACGUCGCUGAGGCCGAGGAUCUCAUGCUCACCGCUGAUAUUCCAGCACGUCUACAUGUCCCUGUCCAUCCUCAAGGAGACGAAUCGGAGGAAACUAAAGCAGACGAGCUCAAGGAAGCACAAACGAUCCAAACUCCGGUUGUAACCCCUGCUAACACUGAGGUCAUCUCGUCCAUAGGUAACGUGGACUCCUCUCCAAGUCUUUCCAUUGAAUUGAAACUUAACAUAAGUUUUGGCCAAGCAAAUAAACCAGCUUCCCCACCGCCUACAACAGAAAGAUCUGGACCUGCGAACGAGGCAGACAUGUCCGAAGUCGGAGUUCAUGCAGUAGCGGUGGAACCCGUGAAGACAGCCAAACAGAUAGAGUUAGCGGGGGUCGCUGUUCAGGGCACCGCAAACACAGAUGCAGCAGAAAAUAUGGAUUCAAAGGAGAGGUGCGUGAUUGCAUCUCAACCCGUACUGCUGCAUAUCAGCAUCCAAGCGAUGGAAGCAGAAGGAGAAGAAAUGAAAUCACCAGAGACGGUGACCUCCAGUGUCCAGGCCACAGAAGCCCAACAACCAGUGAGGCAAACAGAGACAACGGAAGUGUUCCCCACUCACACAGUACUCUCUGAGGCUUGUGAGCAACAAACAGAAGCGAAAAAGCCCGCUAAUCAAAACGAGGAGGACCAGGAUGUGUGGAUGGAUGCCGAGGAAGAUGUCUGCACGCAGGAGAAAACCGAGGCGUGCCGUCUGCAGCUGGAGGAACCUCCAAGAGAGGCCGAGGCAGGACUUAAACCUGUGGUUGAAAUGGAAGAAGAAAGUCAACAGAAAAUGCCCCAGACAGCGGAAAGAUGUGGAACUGAUAGUGAAUGUGAGGAUUUUGCUUUUGCACCAGAGCUUCCUGAAAGUGAAACUGUGAGAGUCACAACAAUGGAGUGAAAAUAAUUCUGCUCACCGUCAGUGUCCCAAACCGGUUGGACAAUAAAAAAAGGUCACAUAGGUUUGUAGGAAGUUACAUCAAAGAGAAACACAGACGGCAGUAGAAGAACUUUGUGCGAAACAUCAUUCUUUUGCUUUUAUUUGAUAUUAUGACAACUUAUUAUCAUAAUGUGUGUGAUUAAUCAGCUAAUCUAUAGAGAGUAACAUCUACGCUUGGCUCAGGGUGCAUGCAGCGUGAUUCUAAAAGUUUGGAAGUGAACUCCUCUCAAACCAAACCUUUAUUUGUGGUAUUGCAUUGCACUCUCACGCAUUGUUUCUAUAUUGUAGAGUUUUCCAUUCAGGUCUGGGGUUUUCAAUUACAAACCAUCUUUUGCAGAGAUUUAUCUUGAUCUUUUUUUAAAUUAAUAUAUAUUUAAAUUUAUGUCUAAUAUCUAGCAUUUGUGUGUUACAAAUACGUCUGUAAAAAUCAUUAAUUCCUGAUCUUUAUGAGCCCGGCACCGGACAAAUUCCUUUUGACCAAAGAGGGGCUAUCACUACAUGUAGAUAUUUGUUUGUUUUUUUGUUUGCUAUUAUUCCUUUAUUAACCAUUUCACUUGAAACAUGCUCGUAUGAUAUCUAUGCAGGUAAAGACUACAGCCCGAGCUGCACAUACUACUAUUACUGUGUAUUAUCUUGUACAUAAUGGGGGGUUUAAUGCUUAUACAGGCUCAUGCACUAAUGUUUAAUCUACCAGACUUUUUUAACUAUGUCAAGUGGAUUGUUUUUGUUGGACGUUAGAUUAAUCUUCGCAUAGGUUUCUGUCAUUAAUUCAGUUGUAAUCAGCAAAGCCUUAAACAAUGACAGCAGCUGCUCAGUGGUUAAACAUCAAGCGUCUUCCGAGGAUUUCUUUCCACUUAUACUUUAAUGGAAAAGUCUUGCAUAUCUUUGAUGUUAAAUAUCUACAAAAUGCAAAACAUAAACCUGAGGUAGAUAUCUUUAUAUAUUUGCAUAUAUGUUAUGUAUAAA